AUGCCUCCGGUAAAGAAGCCGCUCACCUCGGCGGCUCGUCCGACAAGGCACUUCUCUCCGCUUUUCCUCCUCUCACUCCUCCUACCUCUUUUCGCCCUGUUCUAUCCCUGGCUGUCGAACAGCUCAUCGUCAACACUGAGACCGAAUGACCUCUCAUCGCUUCUGGUUUUAAGCAGGUCCGGUACGACCUCACCCAGUGUACUGAUUCUGACAGCUCAUCCUGAUGACGAAGUCAUGUUUUUUUCACCUACCAUACUCGGUCUCACUUCAGCUGGAUGGGAUGUAAGGGGCUUAUGUCUAUCUACCGGAAAUUCAUCUGGUAUGGGGCAUAUCCGGGAAAAGGAGCUAUUUAAAAGUUACGAAGCUCUAGGGGUAAAAUCAUACGGCGUCAAAGUUAUAGAUCAUCCUGAUCUACAAGAUUCAAUGAAGUCCCAAUGGGAUGUACGGCUUAUCGCCAGUAUCGUAACGGAAUUUCUCGAAAGUGAACCAGUGGAUCUGGUUAUCACCUUUGAUCCUUACGGGAUAAGUAAUCAUCCAAACCACAUUGCGCUCUCACACUCUAUUGCGCACAUUUCAAAAUCUACGAAAGUAUUAUACCUCAAAUCGCCUUCUACGUUGCCGAAAUUCACGGGACCAUUGUAUCCCCUCUACCUGCAACUAGAAGGAACCCUCUUGAAUCUGGUGGGAUCAACAAAGACUAAAGCAGGGGAACAUGUGAUGAUCUCAAACCCUUCACAAUGGUUAAAAAGCGUAAAUGCUAUGAUGUAUCAUAAAACUCAACUAGUCUGGUUUAGGUGGUUGUAUCUCGCUGCGUCCAGGUUAAUGUGGGUGAAUGAGUUGAUUGAAGCCAAUUAA